AUGCAGUUCACCAAGUCCCUCCUGCUGCUGGCAGCUCUCACCACCGGCUCCCUUGCCCUCCCGCAAGGCCACGCAAGACGCCAGGCAUCCUCCGCCACUGUCUCCUCCACACCCUCUUCAUCUGGCUCCUCCACCAGUUCUUCCGGCGGGUCUUGGACCGCUACCCCUGCCAGUGGAUCCUACUCGACUGCCGGUUUUGGCUCCUCCACCGCCAACAGCGGCAGCGAUAUCACCUACGCCGGCAACGUCGGCAGCCCUUGGGGUAGCAACAUGAUCGAGGUGUCAGAGAGCGACGCCUCAAACUACAAAUAUGUCGCCGCCAUCUCGGGCCACAACACCGAGCCUUGGACGGUCGUCUUCUGGAACAAGUAUGGCCCCGACGGCCAAAUGAACGGCUGGUACGGCUACUCUGCCGUGAGCUUCACCCUCAACGCCGGUGAGACCAAGUACGUUGCUUUCGCCGACGACACCAACGGUGGUUUCGGCGCUGCCCCCGGUAGCCUCCCCACCGACUCCAACGGCGGAUAUGCCUGCACCUGGGGUGAGUUCGACUUCGGCAGCAACGGUAACUCGGGCUGGUCCGGCUUCGAUGUCUCUGCUAUCAUGGCUCAGAAUGCUGGCCUUACUGUCCAGGGUAUGAAGAUGUGUGAUGUUCUUGGUGGUACCUGCUCUACUAUCACUACCGGUGCCGCAUCGGUCGACAACGCCUAUACCACUGCUGAGACUGACAUCGGUGGUAUCGGUGGUAACCUCUCUGGCGACGGCCCGGUCCGUCUUGCUGUCACUAUCGACUACAGUGGUUAA